UGACCGUCAACUUGUCUGCAGCAGCCCAGCUGUUCUCCCACAGGAAAACAGUCGACAUCAUCCCCCCUGUGGGCCACUCCAGCCUUAUAACCGAGAGCAGAUGCGCCGCGCAGCCUCUCCGUGCGCGCCCAUCCAAACUCCGCCGGACAACUGUGGAGCUGCGCAACUGCGACACAACCGCGCACUCGGGAGGCUGAGCUCGGACCGACAGGAGCUCGCCAGAGAAACUUUUCUCGGAUAAAACGUGUUUUUUUCCUCGGGAUCCGCAGAGACCAACACCAGCGGGACAAGACAAGUCGAUGGGACAACGAGACCCGCGACAACUUGAAUCGCUCCAGCUGCGCGCGCGGUUCAGUUUGGCCAACUUUGCGCUGUAGCCUCAUCCGAGCAGCCUCAGUUCCGAGCGGCAGCAGCAGCAGCAGGAGGAGGCGGCUGGAUGUGGCAGGAGACGGGUCAGUGAGCUGCAGCGAGCCCGUGUGCGAGUUUCCCCACUGUCCAACUCUCCAAUGUCACCGGACAGGAUGCUGAUCAUUGGACUUCUGCUCAACGUCUUCUCCCAUGGUAGCCUCCCAGUAUCUGCAUCCUUUGAUUGUCUGGUGGCGGAGCAGGGCUGCAUUCAGGAGCACUCCUGCAUGGUUCUCUACCGGCUGCUGGAGUACUGUUCGGCUGAGGAGGCGGUGUCGCCGCUCGGCCCGAACGCCCGCCUGGAGUGCCUGGAGGCCCAGAACUCGGUGCAGCAGUACCGCCCCCUGCAAGUCUGCAAGUGUCAGCGCGGCUCUCGCAGGGAGGAGCACUGCCUCAAGGUCUACUGGACCGUGAGAUUUGCAGCAUACGAUGAGUAUGAGGUGUCUCCAUAUGAAGAACUGGAGUUGAAUCUGGUGAGAAACAUUGAGAUGUCGCGCAUGGCCUCCAUCAUGGCAGCCUCCACCCUUUCUGUGGAUGGCCAGAACCAGUGUCUGAAGGCAGCUCAGGACUGUGGCCUGUAUGAAAAGUGUGGCUCCCUGCGGUCCGAGUAUGUCGUGGCCUGCACCAAGCGAGCUGCGGCCUCUGAGAACAACUGCAACCGCCAGAAAUGCCACAAAGCCCUGCGGCGCUUCUUGGAGCGCGUACCGGAGGAGUACAGCCUCGCUCUGCUCUUCUGUCCCUGCUCUGACACUCUGUGUGGGGAGCGCCGGAGGAAAACCAUCGUCCCGUCGUGUUCCUAUGAGGAGAAUGUGAAAGGGGAGGAAAGGGCGGGCAAGCCUAACUGCCUCAGCCUGCAGAACUAUUGCUCCAGAGACGAGCUGUGUAGAUCACGGUUUGCUGAUUUCCAACACAACUGCCAGCCCUCCACUCAGUCUGCCUCUGGCUGUAUGCGAGAGAGCAGAGCCAUGUGCUUGAAGGCCUACGCUGGACUCAUAGGAACCAUCAUGACUCCCAACUACGUGAGCAACAGCAGCACGGAAGUGUCCCAGUGGUGCACGUGUGACGGCAGUGGGAACGAAUGGCAGGGCUGUCAGCGCAUCCUGCAUAUGUUCAGUAACAACCUAUGUCUGCGCAACGCCAUCAGCUCGAUGGGAAUCUCGGCGCCUCCCGCUGUGCAGAACACUCCUGUGCCAGCUUCUCAGCCCUCCCCGCGGGUCUACCAGGAGAGGGUCCAUGUCAGCGUCAACACUCUCCCAGGAUUCACCAGUAUGGAGGAGAGUGAGGGAGAGGAACAGGUUGAGGAAGAGACGGAGGAGUUCAAUGUCAUCCCGCCUUAUUCUGAGAAGGACUCUAACACUGAAUCGAGGGCCAGAGGGAGCCAGCAAGGGGGAUCCAGUCGAGCAGCACCUGCCCUGCCCUUACUGCUCCUGACCACACUCAUCCUGGACUGGAAUAGUUGGGGCUACUGAAGCCUCCAUCUCAUCCCCCGCUCAUACUUUACACUCGCUACCGCUUUCAAAUCCAUCACAGCACUCACAAUGAACCGUAGAGGACCUUGGUGAGGGAGAAAUUGAAAUGAUCUCUCUUAACUUUUCUCAUUCUUUCAGUUUCUCUUAAAAACAAAAUUCUACUGACUUCAUUCUGUUUCUCCUACCACUGCCUCCUCAAGUGUUGAAAGAUACCAUGUCGUCCUGCAGCAUCUACUGUGCCCUUGCCCCAAAGCCCACGAAAAGGAAGGGAACAAUGUGAGCAGAUAGUUGAGUGCAUGGGUGAAUUGAGAAGUGCAGUCUGGGCAAAAUACUCCAUCUAGAGCCUGCUUCACACUCAAAGUGCAUCCCCUCUUUUAACAAGAAGCACAUCGCCCAAGGCCAGAAUCCACUAUACGUGCUCCCUAACCCAUAACCAGUCUACUCCUCUGCAAGAGGACCUGAGCACGGCUUCUGAUUUCUAUUUCAUGAAUCAUGUCCCAUCCAUUUCUCUGCUUCCCCUUCAGCUCUUUCUCCCCUUCACACUGUGGUUGACCAAGAUCAUCCCCUUUACAACAAGCUAAUAUGAAACUGAACCAAACUUGCAGCUGCUUCGUAUUACAAAAACAUUCAAUAAAAGUUGAAUGCAUUGUCACAUUAUGCAUAUGAGAGAUCCUCUUCUGUCCCAACCUUUAGUUCUUUAACUUGGUGCACAUAAAAGCAGAGCGCAACACUCACUCCACUCUGACUCUUUUGUUAACCCACCACUUAGUAUCAUUCCUACAGGGGUAAAUGGCUGAGAAUUCCAACCACGGGCAAAAGAACUGAGAUCAAAUUCUAUUCUAUUGUAGAAGUGAUGAGCGGAGAAAAGCAACAUAAGCAAUUACAGCACAAUUCAAAUUGCUCAGCACGCAGGGGAAGUCUGGAGUAAGGCUCAGGGGAGGAGAUAGCCAAUUUACUGCUGUCAUACCCGCUCACUUUUUUAUCCUUCGGAGUUGUGUUUUUAGGGCUCCUGUCCCAUCUAGUGCUGUGGAUGUUGUGAGAGCGAGAUGUGGAGAUAGGGACGGACACAGGAGGCCGUAAAGCCUGCUGGCUGCUCUGAUCGUUGAGCAGUACAUUGAGCCAUUAUCUCUGCCUGAAGUAUCUUUCGCUGAUGUUAAUGAUUUUCUCUCUUAUGGCUCAUUUUCUUGUGAAAUUGCGCAGCUGCAGGGAUGUAGGUAAAGAGGAGUGUAGUAAAGUUUUUUCUUUCUUUUAAGAUGGAUAAACUUUUCCAAUUUGAAGAUAAGUUUGCAAGAAAUAGCCAGAACUGUGUAAGGAAACUUUCCUUUAUUCAUUCUUAUUCAAAGCUGUUGUUGUGUGUAGUAUUAACAGUGAUGGUGUUGCAAUCCGCUUGCCUUGCCGUCUCCAAAUGGCUAUGACCAUUUCCAAAAAAUAUAUCACUCAAUUAAAAUCCUUGGUUAACUGUAAAACACAAACGCGUGUCAGUUUUUUAAACAAACCUCAGCCAAGUCCCAAACGUCCCCUUAUGUAAAACAAUGUUUAUGUAAAACCAGAUUUAAAUUCAUAAGGUUUUUUAUUCAGAUCUGCACCAAAUGAAACACUUAUUAAAUGAAAUGAGUCUCCUAAAUAAAUAGAUUUCUCUGUCAAAUUUCUUUCAAUGUUAAAGAAAAGUUAAAUAUAGGAAUAUUUGAAAACAUGUCCUCCUUGGCAGAGAUGUUUGAAAAACACUUAAAGAGGUAGAAUUACCUUUUUUCUUUUAAUGCCCCCACCACUGGAUCGGUCUUGUUUACAUGAUGCUUAAUUGACACCAAUACUGACAUUGUGAUGGGGACUGAAAAGACAGAAAGGCACUGCACUCAGGAGUCAUGCAUUUUCAAAUGCUAGUCCAACCUCCACUUAUUCCUCAAGCUUAUUCUUAGUGGGACUAGAAUGGGUGCUGGUGGAGGUUACCAGACUUCCAGUGACUCUUACCCACUUCAGGGUAAAAUGACACCAUGCUGGUUUGUGGCAACUCUCGUGCUGAGAAUUUAGCUGCAGGAGGUUAAGAAGUGGAUGACGGAAAGGCCACUUAACAAGGCUCUGAAGUGUGACUGCCAGCUUAUAGAAAACACCCUACAAUGCUAGAGACUGGUACCCACAUAUAUAUAUGACGCAUAGCCAGACGACAGAAGAUAAAUAAAGAUGCUACAAAAACAUCAGCCAUCACUGUGCUGCAGCGUCACUGAGGCUUCCGAUUUCAAUCCAUUGAAUUCAUUUCAAAUUAACAGCAUCCAGGGGCAAGUCUCGAUUACUACAUCCAUUACAUACACCUGGCCUUUGUUUAUAUCUGUAAACUAUGUAAAGUACCAUCAAACAUGCCUUGUAUAAUUUUUUUUUGAUGGGCUAAAGAAAAAAAAGAAGCGUAUUCUCCAUACACCACUGAAAAUUAAUGUGUGAAUAUCCCUAAACUUUUCUUUUUGUUUUUGUUUUUGGUUGUAUCUUGAAAAUCCAGUUGAGAGAAAAUGUCCAGUAAAGUUUCCCACGCUGACCUUGUUUUGAAGAUGUAUCCAACAUGCCAAAUAAUGCUGAACACAAUGUGUAAUAACUGUGUAAUUUUGUGACAUAGCAGAAAGUGUGCCGGUUUGUUAAAAGAAGAAUAAAGUUCACACUGGAAAUUU